AUGGCUCCUGAGGGUGUGGCGGAGCUCCGCGAUUGGCUCUUCCUGCUACUGCUGUGCCUGACUCUGCUGGCUGAGAUGCUGGAGCUGGCGGCGGCGGCAGCAGCAGCAGCCGAGGCAGCAGCGGAGGCUGAGGGUGAUGUGGCGUGCCCGUCGGCGUGCCGCUGCGAUGAGGGCUUUGUCUACUGCAAUGACCGCGGCCUGAGUGUCAUACCGCCACUGCCCUUCUCGGCGGCCGUGCUCUAUCUGCAGAACAACCACAUCGGCAACGCGGGGCUGCCCACCUCGCUAGAGCGCCGGCUGACUGUGCGCGUCGUCUACCUGUACGACAACGAGCUGGAUGACUUCCCCACGCACCUGCCGCCAUCGCUGCACGAGCUGCACCUGCAGGACAAUAACAUCCGCAGCCUGCCACGCGCCGCUCUCGCCCGCCUGCCACUGCUGGAGAAGCUGCACCUGGACGACAACUCCGUCUCCACGGUGAGCAUCGAGGAGCAGGCCUUUGCCGACAACCCGCGGCUCCGGCUGCUCUUCCUGUCACGGAACCACCUGUCCAGCAUCCCGUCAGGGCUGCCGUCCUCGCUGGAGGAGCUGCGGCUGGACGACAACCGCAUCUCCACCAUCCCCACACACGCCUUCCGUGGCCUGUCAGCGCUGCGGCGCCUCGUGCUGGAUGGCAACCUGCUGGCCAACCAGCGCAUCGCCGACGACACCUUCUCGCGGCUGGCAAACCUGACUGAGCUGUCACUGGUGCGCAACUCGCUGCAGACGCCACCUGUCAACCUGCCCAGUGCACACCUGCAGCGGCUCUACCUGCAGGACAAUGCCCUGGCACAUGUGCCGCGCGGCUCGCUGGACGGCAUGCGGCGGCUGCAGCGGCUCGACCUGUCCGGCAACAACCUGACCACACUGCCGCGUGGCCUCUUCCGCGACCUGGACGGCCUGACACAGCUGCUGGUGCGCGGGAACCCCUGGCACUGCGGCUGCAACCUGCGCUGGCUGUAUGACUGGCUGCAUGUGCGGGGGAACUCGGUCACUGUGCGUGGCCUCACCUGCCAGAGCCCUGACAGGGUGCGGGGCCUGGCCCUCCGGGACCUCAUCAGCCAGAUGGAAGAGUGUGAGGGUGGGGGCGGGGGAGGGGGAGGUGGGAGAGAGAGAGGCGGGGCCGCACCGGCAGCCACUGCUUCCACCACACUUCCCCCGCCCCAGGGCUCCCUCUUCACCCUCCGGUCUAAGAGGCCGGGGCUGCGUCUCCCGGACUCAAGCCAGGACUACCCACUGGGAGGCAGCGGGGUCAGCAAAACGCUGGUCCUCAAGGUGAAGCCCCUCACACCUGACACCAUCCACAUCACCUGGCGCACCCCGCACCCUGCCCCUUCCUUCCGUCUCAGCUGGCUCCGCCUGGGCACCAGCCCAGCCGUGGGCUCCAUCACUGAGACGCUUGUGCCGGGGGACCGGCGAGAGUACCUGCUCACUGCCCUGCAGCCACGCUCCAGCUACAUCAUCUGCAUGGUGCCGCUGGCGGGGGGUGUGGGCAAGGGCCCCGCUGCGGGUGCCAGCAUGGACUCAGACGAGAGCCCCGUGUGUGCCAAGGCUGAGACGGCCAGCCCCGGGCAAGCCAGUGAUGACUCGGACAGUGAGCAGGGCUCUGAGCAGCUGACCGCGCUCCCACUCGCAGGGAUAAUUGGCGGAGCCACGGCACUGGUAUCCCUGGCACUGAUCUUCGGCAUCUUCUGCUGGUAUGGCCACCGUGCUGGGUACCUCUCUGCCCGGGAAAACUCCAACUACGGCCGGGGUGGCAGCUCCCGUGGUGGCAAGCACUACGAUGACUAUGUCGAGUCUGGCACUAAGAAGGACACCUCCAUCCUGGAGAUCCGGGGCCCUGGCUUCCAGAUGACGCCCAUGGCCGCCCAGCAGCCGCUCCGGCCCAAGCCAAGGGAGGACUAUGUCAUCCACACCAUCUUCCCCUCCAAUGGCACCAGCCUCUACAAGAGCACCCACCACCAACACACGCCCAAUGCCAGCUAUGGCACCAACCGUGGGUACCGGGAAGGAGGCAUCCCGGACAUAGACUACUCCUACACGUGAUACCUCCCCCUUGCACUGUCUCCCCGUGCUCUUACGAAACGUAGAUUCGAGAGGACCUCAGCCCUGGUUCCAAGCCCCUACCCCUCCUCGUGCCUUCUGGUUUCCAUUCCAGCUGUUCAGUCAGAGGUCUGAGCCAUUAGUGAAGGGCUAUACCGCCCGAGAGAAAACCCAAAGCCACCUCCAGAAAGACUGGGGUGGCAUUUACACAAAACAACCAUUACUUCAUGAGCAUACCUAUAAAUACAUUAACUUGCUC